CGCAGCGUUUUGCUUGCCGCAUAGCUGCAUCCUUGCGUAAAGACCAGUGUAUUUCAUUUGGCAAACAUACUGCAUCCGCACACGGCUGCACGCUGUCUGCUGCAUCUCGAGACCGCUACCAGCCUCUGCAGCCUCUGCUCGCCCAGCAGCCUGCAUGACAUUGUGGCACGCCGCGCGCCGCCUGGCGUCAUCAUCAUCCACAGCCAUGCGCCCGCUCCGGGUGGGCGUCGUCGGCGCCGGCGCCGUGGGCACGUACUUUGGGGUGCGGCUCGCGGAGCUCGGCCACGACGUGCGCUUCUUGGUGCGGAAGCGCCACGACGCUCCCAAAAAACUGGGCGUCACGAGCUGGCAGGGCGACUUCGUGCUGGAGGGCCCGACGAUCGUGCGGGAAGCGUCGGAGCUCGGCGACGAUUUAGAUUGGGUGCUCGUCGGCCUCAAGUCCACGGCGUUGGAACAGGAAAAUGUAUUACGGGACCUGCUCGAGCCCUGCGUCGCCCCGAAUACGCGGGUCCAGCUCCUGAUGAACGGUUUGGGCGCCGAGGAGAAGGCCGCCGAGAUUGUGGAUGCCAGACGCGUCCACGGCGGCCUCGUCUAUGGCGGUCUGUCGCGGCGGGGCUUUGAUGUUAAUCAUGCUGGCGUGCCCUGCGCCAUCCACGGCGGCUCGUUUGUGGAUGACGAAGCGGAGCUCGCGGCCGCGGAGCGGCUCUGGACGCCGGUCGAUCGAGAAAAACCGGCGGGCGCCGUGGCCUACGUGCCCCAGCCCUGUUUACUCCUGGCGCAGUGGUCCAAGCUCGCGUGGAACGUGCCCUUUAACGGCUGCACGGUGCUCGCGGCCGGCGCCGACGUCGGCGCGUUGUGGAGGGACGCCGCGGGUAGGGAGGCGGCCGUCGCGGUCAUGCGCGAGGUCUGCCGCGCGGCGAACGCGGACCUCGCGGCGCGCGGUAGUGCAGCCUCUCUGGACGAGGAGGCCGUCGUCGCGCGGCUGUCGGCCGUCACGGACGACAUGGCUCAAGUGGAUUACGUGCCGUCCACUACAAAGGACUUCCGCGAGGGCCGGCGCAUGGAGGUCGAGGCCAUAUUCGGGGAGCCGUUGAGGCGCGCUCUGGCGAACGGCGUGGCGACGCCGCGGCUCGAGGCCAUGGCGGCGCUGCUGCGCGUCGCGAACGACCGCGUCGCGCCUAGCUAGUAAUUCAAGUUUACAUUAAUGGAACAAAAAAAGGGCCCGGGAUGUGCAUGCGGAGUCGG